UUGAUCUUAACGUGAAAAAGCGAUGGUAGACGGGCUCGCGCUUUGCAGUUGUGCAUGUGUGACCUGUUUAUGGUGUUCUCUGCUCGCUUUAUGCUUUCCGAAACUCCUGAAAAAAAUACAAGAAUCGGAUUCUAGCGUUUGCUGCGCUGUGAAGCCAAAGAAUCCGACGUCGGUGGUCGAGAAUUGCAAGACUUCCAUCGACGAAACAAUGAACAAUAAGUCACCCACGAGAUGCAACGUGUACAGAAAUCGUUCGUACGAGCCAAAAUGUACCGUGAAGAUCAUUCGAAAAACUAAACGGCUCUCUCCUCGCCGAGAUGUACAUGAAAACGACACCGAGACCAGAAAUGACUCGAUUUGGCAGGACAAUUCGGACAAUAUUUGCACGGCAAAAGAUCGCAACGCCACGUACACCGUAGCCUAUUCGAAUCCGAAACAUUCCGCAGUGCAAACAGAUCUCUACCGUCGACGGAGACGAUCUGGGUUUCCGGAAAGGGUGGACAGCAGCGAUAACGAGAUGGAUCGAAAGAGACGCUACAAAGUAAACGCUAAAUUGACGCGACAUCAGUUCAGCUCUUCCGACGAAUGCAUCCGCUCUAGAGGGGGUGGGCAAAGUAUGAAAAAAACAACAAAGAGAUUCCCGCAGCUGUUUUCGACUAGGUACGGGUCAUCCAUUGUCAACAACCGCGACGAGAUACGUCGAAUUUACUAGUUUUAUUACUUAUCGUGACAUUGAAAUGCCUCGCAUCGUACAAGUGUAAUUGAGUUUUCGAUCAGCGAUCGAUUAGGUGAUUGUGAACAUUCGAAGAUUACGAUUCCAACAGUACCGAUCCUUCCGGUGGCCUUG